AAUGAAACUCGCCGGGCAGCUCAUCUUUCUGCUGAACAAAAACGACGCUGUAAUUUGAAGAAUGGAUUUGAUAUGUUGGUGGUGUUGGUUCCAUCUUUAACACAAAAUCCCAAAGCCAGUAAAGCGGAUAUGCUGCGAAAAACUGCUGAAUUCUGUAAGAAAUUAAAAGCUGAAAGAAUACAGAUGCAGAAAGAAGCUGAUAUUUUAAAACAAGAAAUGGAAACAUUACAUAAUUCAAUCAGUAUUAUACAGUCUCAGUUACCAGAAACAGGUGCUCCAGUCACCAGACAACGGGUUGAUCAAAUGAAAGAGAUGUUCGAUGAUUAUGUUAAAAAUUCUACUUUACAGAACUGGAAAUUCUGGGUGUUUUCUAUAAUUAUUGGACCAUUAUUUGAUUCAUAUAAUAAUAUGGUAUCAACUGCUAGUGUAGAUGAUUUAUGUCGUACUGUAUUAGCUUGGUUAGAUCAACAUUGUUCAUUACAGUCUCUCAGGCCUAUUGUUUCUAAGGCACUAGUUCAUAUCAGUACUGCUACUAGUAUUUUGACUGAUCCAAAGAGUGUUCGUAAUCAUGCCAUUGAAAAUGUUACAAAGAAAAGACAAUCCAUUAAUAAGCAUGGCCGAUCCUAG